UCUUAUUUCUUCCCCCCCUUUUCCUUUUUUGGCAAACGGAGGACAGGAGAAGAAGACAAAGAGAAGGAAGUGCAAGAACGGCGAAGACCCAACAUGAGGAGCAGAUAAGACAGAAAAAAGAGAGAAACAGAAAAAAAAUAUUGCCGCACAUUGACAGAGGAGGGGAGACCGCUUGAUGGAGAAGCCGGCAGGGAUGGAUAGCCGCACGACGGAGUGACGCGUACGGCACAUUUCCAGCCCCGCGAUCGUCCUAGAGAGCGAGGGAAGACGGAGACGGAUAGAGGAAGAAAGACAUGGGAUAAAACGCGCGAGAGAAGAGGAAGCACAACGACGCGCUCGGGUUUCUUCUCCGUCCGUCUCACCCCCCACUCCCUUCAACUCUCCAAAGUUGUUCCUCCAUGUCUGGACGGGCGGUUCGAGCUGAGACACGGAGCCGAGCAAAAGAUGACAUCAAGAAAGUGAUGGCAGCCAUCGAACAUGUCCGCAGAUGGGAAAAGCGGUGGGUGACUGUGGGGGACACGUCUCUACGGAUCUACAAGUGGGUACCUAUUGUGGACCCCCGGGAUGAGGAGAAAAGGCGGCUGGCAGGCAACAGUGAGCAGCACCGGGCCAAAGAACGAAGGACCCGUGUGCCCAGCCCUCGGAGCAAUCCGGCUCUGCUCAUGUUGGACCUCAAUGAUGAGAACAGCAAUCAGAGUUCCAUUUCAGAGACCUCCUUACUGAAAGGCGGGGACACCAGCCCUGGCUCUACUCUAGAUCGCAGCCAGACUGUAACUCCCACCCCAUUAGGGGAGCUAAAGGCAGAGGACUCUCAGCCCCCUUUGCUGGGACAGGAAGGAGAAACUGGGGUGCUGCUUCUUGAGGGAACAGAUGAACCCCCUAUGCUUACCAAAGAAGAACCUGAUCCCAAGAUGUCAGAGACCAAGGCGCAGGAUCCAGCAGGCCCCUUGGAGCCCACGAAGUCCUUUGAAGGACCCACCCCUGAGACAGAGGAUUUGCCAGAAGCUCCACCAUUGAAACGUAUCCGCAAUGAGGCACAAGAUUCGGAGUCCAGCCAGCCCUCAGAAGCUUAAGCUCAGGCCUGCUUUUGCCCCCUCCCCACUCCUUUUGACAGGAUGUAGGUGUGUAUGAAGGGGUGGGGACUAGCUGGGAAGAAUGUAUUAACAUAAAGUUUGCUAAAAUGUGGUGCAGGCCAGGCCACCUGUCACCCACUCCCAUUCCUGACCUGGGGCACUGUCAUCAUUUCACUGUGCUUGCUGCCCCCUGGUGGAGGCACAAUGUAAACACAUGACUGUUGUAGGUGAAUUAACAUGGGGCCAUCCUUGGAUGCCCAAGAGUGGCCAUGUUUGUUUACAUUCAGCAGCCAUGCUUUGUUUUGCUUUUUUAACAGUGUGUGCAUGCAUGAUGUGCAGUAUUAAAACGUGGCAGUGGGGAGUGAAGUACGAGUGGCUGUGAUAGGAAGUGGAGACUGGGGUGGGGAUCAUGAGGAUGGGUAGGGAACCGGAAGGGCUACUUGAAAGGCUUGGCCUACCUAAUGUACCAUGCAGAUGAUCUCUUGAGGAAAUGAGAAUUGUACUGUGGGGGAUGGGGGAGGCAUAAGCACACUUGCCAAAAGAAAAAGGAUUAAAAGUUUGAUUGAACACACACAUUUCAGGAAAGCCACAAAGCUCCAGAUUAUUUCUUCUUCCCCAGGUCUGCGAGUGUAAGGGCAUCCAUGAGUUUAAAAGCAAGACUGGGUGUAAUCUAUAUCCCAACCCAAAGGAAACUCACAUUCUAAAGGGAGCAAAAUAAUUGUUCCUUACUUUUGCAUGACUGUAUUGUUUCCAUUAUUCAUAGAAGAGGAAUGUGGAGAUGUUUCUGAGCUUUUCUUCAGAAUGAAGACUAGAAACUUUUUUAAAAUGACAGUGUAUCUCACACUGGUUUUCAGGCACACAGGAUAUGUGGAUCCCUGAUUAAGUAAGGAAUUGAUCAUAAAUUGCUCAAAUAAGUUCUGGAGGUUAAGGCUAUGUAGAUGUUAUACACUCUGUCCUGAAAGCUCUUUUUCCAAAUUCCUGAUGUGCAGGGGCUGCUUUUCGGGAAAGGGAAAGAUAUUCUUUAUACGCUUAGUAAAAUUCACAAACUGAAACAUUUUGGGGCCGAGAUCUCAAAGCCUCUGGCUAUAACUAAUCCUUGGCAAGGAAGCUGGAGGACCUUGGAUUCUAUUGCUGCCUCUAGCAGGGGAAGGCAGACUUGUCUGUGGAGAUGGGAAGUGGAAGCUGGACGUUUCUGAGUCCAAGUUUCUUAGGUUGUACUGUACCCAGUCUUAAGUAGAAAGGCAUAGAGCAUAGCAGGUUGAAGGGUGGGCGCUGGGAGUCUGGAUUCCUGAGUUCCCUCUGCCCCUUCCCCAAUCUGGAUGGAAAAUUUGAAGAAAUCAGGAGGCAAAAGGUUCUGACUAAUGCUCUGAGAGUGGAGUAGAAAAUAAAUGUGCUUUGUCGAUUUUGUGGUGUAUACACACUUUUUUCAUUAUAGUUUGCUGUUCAACAGCAAGCUGUGUCUGUGCCUGUGUUUCCUGAUCUCCAUGCCUUCCCAAAUGUUAUUAGUCUUCUCGUCCGUUGUCUGGGAUUUGGCACUGCUUUUUGUUCUCCCUUCUCUCCCGGCUCCCAUCCCACUUCACAACCACUCCAUUAAGAUGGAGAUUUGGAGCCAUAAGGGCAUAGCCUCUCCUUAGUACCUGGCUGAAGGUGUGGGUCAUAUAAUAUUUCCUAGGCAUCUGUGACACCAAGCUGAUAAUCAAAAUGGAUUUGUUAAUGUCAAAGAAUGCCGGUUUUUACAGGCUCACAUAACUUUGAUGUGUUCAGUCAUCAGUCUUUAAAAAUACUCUCCUUAUUAGUUUUGCUGUUUCAUAAAAUGUUCCUUUUGUGGCUUCUUCUUUAUGCAACAAUGCUAAGGAGUGCCCAUUAUUUAAACAAUAUAACCAAAUGCCUCUUUGAGUUUUAGAGAACAUCAUUCCUCACUUAAAUAAUUGUACACAUAAAGCACAUAAAUGACUUGCGCCUCUGCCGGCUGGCCUUUUCCUCCUGGGGCAAGAUGGCAAGCAAUCGUGGCCACCGGGGGCAUCACCCUCUACCCACCUGAGCUGUGGGCAAUGUCCCAAAAUUCUUGGCCAUUCUUCCUUACUAGCAUUCCUCAGCCAUCUAGAUGGGCACUGCUGUCUUGUCUGUGAACAAACAAUGUUUGCUCCCAGUUUAGCUUCCCAAGCCCAAAACCUCUAUCUCGCUUCUCUGCAAGAUGCAGCUAUCAAGAGAUCUUGGUCACUGGAAACUCAACAUUCGAGAUCGGCCCAAAUCAGCUACCAAGCAAAAGAUGGGGGAAAAGAACAGGAAUCAAACACUCAGGCCUACCACUUAGGCAAGGUGAGGCUUUCCACUGCCAAAUUUUGGGACACCAUUAAAAAUGUAAAUUAUUAACAAAAUCAUAUUUUUACUAUAGGGGCGGGGGAAGAAGAAGUAUUGCCAUUUGGAUUCUCUGCUUCUGUCACCAAAAUGUCAAGAGUAGUCUUACUGUUAGCCUAGUAUUUGUUAAAAUAAACAAGACAGUUUAAGGAAAUAUGAAAUGGGAAAAGAAGGUAUGGCAUCAGUUCAGUAGAAGCCACAGCUUAGCCCACUAGCUGAUUUUAAAAUUGGUGCAAGUAAACCCCAGAUGUUGGCUUUCUGUGGGUUUCAGAGUUUGAUUUUUGAACUUGGUAAAGUUGGUUCCUAGUUCUCAAUUCCCUAUUCCCACAAACAUUUGAAACAAAGUUUCAAUGGGGAACAAAAGUUUAUAUGCUGCUUUGCUGCGACAUGAGCUUUGGCCUACCCCAGAUGGUGUAUCUUCAUUACACCUUUGAGAUACACACAGUUCUCUGCAGGCAAAAUAGUUUUUUUGGUGCAACACUCUUUAAUACAUGACUGCCCCACAUGAUAAUUAAAAACAAAGAACUGUAAGUGUACACUCGGAGACAUUAUAAAUCAUACACCCAGGCCUCCAGCAGAGUGUCUUCUGUAGAUGCUGCAAUGUCGCAUCUGCUCUAAUGCUUUAUUUUGGUGCAAGACACCAUCAAGCACAAGAGCUCACACUAAUAAAAUUCAGUAUAUAUAGAACUGAGUAAGGAGCUGGUGUGGCAUAAACCCACAAUAAGCUUUGGCCACCCCAAAUCAUACACCUAAACUUCUAGGAGGGUGUUAUCUAUGAGAUAGCAUAGAAUCACAUCUAGCCAAAUGCAUUUUUUUGGUGAAAGACGUGAUGAAGUGUAGCAGUGCCAAUAAGAGAGGUUGGGUGUGUGCAGCUGAAGAAUGAAAUCUGUUGUGUUCUCCAGCUUUUGAUGGGUGCGGUGAAUAAAGGUUUUCAAAAUAUUAAAAAUGGGACUACAAGCACAUAUGGAAAUGUGUACUCUGUUAUUGCUGUCCAGACUUCUUCCUCCUGAAGUUGACCAAGGCUCAUUGGUAAAUAUCUUCUCUAGGUUAAGUACAGUGGGCUUCAAACACACAACAACAUCAAAUUUACACAAAUCCUGCAUGUAGAACAGGAGUGGGGAACCUUUGGCCCUCCAGGUGUUGCUGAACUACAACUCCCAUCAGCACUAGCAAGCAUGGCCAAUGGCCAGGGAUGAUGGGAGUCAUAGUUCAGCAACAUCUGGAUGGCCAAAGGUUCCCUACACCUGAUGUAGACUGUUGUGUGUGACAGACGCAUACACAUGUACUUUCCCGUACCUGGCCCUAGGAAAUCAUGCCUUGUGGAGGACUUAAGUUUGUGAUGUGCGGCCAUCUUGUUGAACAUAUUUGCACAAUUUCUUGCACAGGAAAGAUUUCCAUGUGGGAGCUUUAUAAUGUUCGGUGUAGGUCCCAAAAUAGUCAUUAAGUCGUAGUCAUUAGUAGGUAGUAGUGGGAGUGUGCUAUUGUUUGUUUCAGCAAUAACAUGUUAACAUUUUUUUCUUUUUUUACCUAUUGUUUUCUAUGCAAUAUUUUUAUUUUACAUUGUAACUCUCUUGGCCUAUAAAGGAGAUUCCUCAUUCUGAGCUUGGUGUAUGUGUCUGUUUAUAUGUGAGGGAAGCGAGGAUAUACUCUGAAAAAAUUCAGAAAGCAUCCUUUAAGCAUGAUGAUUUUGUACAUGUGUUGAAUGUAUUUCAUCAGGCUGUUAAAUAAAUAACUUUUCUCUGAA